AUGCUCUCUCUGCGCCUAGGUCGCAGAUUUAGAACAUACACCACCAUUCCAGCCUCCAUUACCUCGACUUCUAAAACUAAAACUACUUUGACUGCAAAAGAUUUCAAGAAACCCUUAACGUUAGAGGAACCUGCCCUAAUUAAGCUCAAGGCAGAAAGAGACCCCGAAAAAUUAUUUCAUUUGUUCAAGGCUAAUGCCAAUAAUCGCCUUGUUAUAGAAAAUCUGGUUGCAUUUGAAGACACAGUUUCCAGGCUAGCAGGCGCUGGGAGGUUUGAUUACAUCGAGCAAUUACUUGAGCAUCAAAAGGCACUUCCUCAAGGCAGACGCGAAGGGUUCAUAAUGAGGAUUAUCAUGUUAUACGGAAAGGCUGGAAUGAUUAAUCAUGCCAUCGAUACUUUCAAAGGUAUGCAUUUAUACGGUUGUGAUCGCAGUGUUAAAUCCCUCAAUGCUGCUCUUAAGGUUUUGUCACAUUCACGGGAUUUAGAUGCAUUUGAAUCGUUUCUCUGCCAUAUUCGUUGCCAGUUUGAUGUCAACCUUGAUAUCAUCUCCAUGAAUAUUAUAAUAGAUGCUCUUUGUCGAAUGGGUAUCCCUGAUAAAGCUUACAUGGCGAUGGGAGAGAUGGAAAAAUCAGGGAUCACACCUGAUGUGAUCACAUACACUACUCUUAUUUCAUCUUUCUAUAAACUGAAUCGAGCAGAAAUAGGAAAUGGACUUUGGAAUCUUAUGGUGAUGAGAGGCUGUUUACCAAAUUUAGCAACUUUUAAUGCUAGGGUUCAGUUCUUGGUGCAUAAAGGACGCUCAUGGCAGGCUAAUAGUUUAAUGGGUAUGAUGCGUUACCUUGGAAUUUCCCCUGAUGAGGUUACAUUCAACUUAGUGAUAAAAGGGUUUUGUAGAUCUGGUUAUAUUGAUAUGGCUAAAAGAGUUUAUUCUUCUUUACAUGAUGAGGGAUACAAGCCAAAUGCAAGAAUAUAUCAAACAAUGAUGCAUUAUCUAUGUAAAGAAGGUGAAUUUGACAUGGCAUAUACAAUGUGCAAAAAUAGUAUGGAAAAGAAUUGGUUUCCAAGCAUCAGUAGUAUUUGUCAGUUACUUCAAGGGCUUCAAGCCACAGGGAAGAUUGAAAAAGCUAGGUUUAUUUUAUCUUUGAUGCAUAAAAAAGUACCUUCAUUUAGCUCAAAUCAAAUGGGUAUCAUGGAAUCGGUUUUGAAAAAGAGUUGA